AUGGCUGCCUCGACCCUACCUCAAGAUAUUUCCGACGUAGAGCUUGUUCAUUUGGCCAGAAACGCAAUGAAACGUGCUCAUUGCCCAUAUAGCAAGUUUCCAGUCGGUGCUGCGCUUCUGACUGAAUCUGGGGAAACCAUUCUUGGCUGCAAUGUGGAAAACGCCUCAUAUGGAGGUACCAUCUGUGCCGAGCGCAGUGCCAUUGUAUCUGCAGUGUCGCAAGGGCAUAAUAAAUUCCGCGCCAUCGCUGUGGUCACUGGGCUUAGUGAACCGGCCUCUCCAUGUGGACUUUGUCGUCAAUUUUUAGUCGAAUUUGGUGAUUUCAAAGUCGUCGUUGGAACUGCAUCGAACUCUAAAAUCCUUACUACAUCUACCCGUGACUUGCUUCCAUACGCAUUUACUCCUGAAUCACUUGACAUUUUUGAGCAAGAGAAAUCUUCUACAUCCAAAGUUUCUCAAGACGAUGUCAAGGAACAUGAUGCUGUUGCCACUUAA